AUGACUUCUUCAAUGCUCAAAUUUUUUAUAACUAUGCUUCUUGCAACACUAUCAUUUCAAGCAUCAGGACAAUUCAUGGAAUGGUGCAUAGCUGAUGAGCAGACACCAGAUGAUGAGUUGCAAAGGGCCAUGGAUUGGGCUUGUAAUGUUGGUGGAGCAGAUUGCAGCAAGAUAAAAGUGAACCAACCAUGUUAUCUUCCAAAUACAAUCAAGGAUCAUGCUUCUUAUGUCUUCAAUAAUUACUAUCAGAAGUUCAAGAACAAAGGAGGAUCUUGCUAUUUCAACUCUGCUGCAUUGAUUAAUGCUCUUGAUCCAAGCCAUGGCUCUUGCAAGUUUGAGUUUAUCCCUUGA